AUGUUCGCCAGCAAGAGGCUGAGCAAGGAGCUUAUCAAGAUGCAGAACUCCCUGCCUCCGGGAGUCACUGUCGCGAAGGCAGACAACCUAGAGCAGUGGGAGAUGGACAUCCGGGUCUUGGACGACAACCCCAUCUACAAAGAUGAGACCUAUCGGCUCAGAUUCACAUUCAGCAAAAACUACCCUAUAGAAGCUCCAGAAGUUCAAUUCAUCUCCCUACCAGCGACAUCAGAGACACCACGCCCGAUACCGAUGCAUCCUCACAUAUACAGCAACGGGAUCAUAUGUCUGGAUCUACUCGGUUCUGCGGGAUGGUCACCUAUCCAGUCCGUCGAGAGCGUCUGCAUGAGUAUCCAAAGCAUGCUGACGGGCAACACUAA